AUGGAUUUAUGGGUUGUGGCAGCAGCUGCUGGAGCUGGAUACAUAGCCAAAAACAUUCGAAAUCUAUCAUCAGACGAAAAGGAGUAUCCAGCUGCUGGACCUUCUCACAUGUACUCUCACACCACCACUCAAUCAGAGUCGACAAACUUUCUGCAGCAGUUGAGAGAAAAAACGUGCCCUUUACGCAGACCGGAGAGAAAGAUACCUCGACAUGAUUCCAGCAAGUAUUUUCCGGAAGUUUCUCGAGUAACAAUAAGCAGAAACAAAGAAGAAAGCACAAGGCUUUUUGAUGAUUGUAAAACAGGAUUGGAGCCCAAAGGAAGUUUGAAUUUUGAUGGUAGUGGUAAAAGAGGAGACUUGAGGAGGGUCAGUAAAAAAAAGCUCUCUGUAAGUAAGAAAUGCAGUUUGUGUUCGUGCGGGCCGGUAACCUCUCUAGGAAGAUGCUUAGAUGAAAACGAAGGUUUAUAUUCAUCGGUAUCUUCUGAUAAACCUUUGUUUGAUACUGAUUUGACCCAAGUGGUAGACGGGCCGGGCUGUAGUUCGGCCAUUUUGGGGCUUGAGGGCUGUCGGGACGAGCCAACAGAAAAAGAUGAAUCGAAAGAAGGACCCGGCACGAUGCUUCUGUUCGUCACUGGAAUGAUUAUCGGUAUACUAUCAGCCACUAUAGCUUGGAAAACAGAAGUCGAUAAGCUGAAUAAGCAGCUAAAGCAAAUGCAGAAUUUAGUUGAAGAUUUACAUGAGGAACUCGACAUGAAAGACACUCUGCUGGUCAAGGACAUAACAGACGAGGGCUAUUAUUUAUCUGCAGUAAACCACGAUACGCCUCUGUCAACUAAGGAGCCAAUUGCAUCUCCAUGUGGGGCAGAAGUUAAUAAACCAGAAAAAAACGACGGUCUAAAAGCAAACGAUAGAUACACUGAGAAUCUUGAGUUGAUGAGCAAAAUCGAGUCUGAACUUGAAGCUGAAUUGGAGAUGUUAGAGAACAACAUGAAGGCUUCCUCACUGGAGAGGAUUUCUGUGGUUGAGGUUAGCCCGGAUUUCGAACCAGAUACCGUUCAAGGAGAGCUUGCGUCAACUGCAAACUAUGCAGUUUCCCCAUGGGAGCUAAGGCUCCGGCUCCAUGAGUUGAUCGAGUCAAGGCUAAAAAAGCAUAUAAACAAGCUAGAGACAGCUCUUGUGGACACUCAAAGACUUUCAGAUAGGAUUGAGUCUCGUGAGAACAAAUUUCAUUACCACAGUGAAACAGAAUCCUCAUCUUGUGCACGGGACGAGCAUGACGAAGGAGAAAAUGAGUUUUCAGGAAAGAAUUUGUCUGCAAAUUAUGUGGAUGCAUAUGAGGAGUCUAAUGCAGAUUUGCUAGCAUUUACAGAGAGGGAUGAAGAACACGACAAUAUGCAAAGAUCAACAUGUUUUAUGUCGGAUGAGGAUCUUGAGUGCAGUGAUGAACUGGAAAUGCUUUUGAUCGAGCAGAUAGUUGAGAGAAGGAAAUCGGGUUAUUCCGGUUUGAAUUUUGAAAAUUGA